AUGCUCUCGACCAUCCCCAAGCUGGCGUUCCACUGCAACUCGAGCAAAGGCAGAGGAACGCGAGCAGCAGGUUGGGUAGCAGACGCGUUCGUCAAGAUGCACACACAGGCAGGUGCGUCGGAAGCUCAGGCGCAGCAGAGCGUCGCCCAGCAGGUACUCAUCCUCACGGGCGGCAUCAUAGCUUGGACUGAGACGCACGGGAAGCGACCCAUCGAGACCAGGGGACAAGCUUGGGAUGGCAAGACGCUGGCGGCGAUACCCCUGUGA